AGCUUUUUAGCGGCCCACAAAUCUUAACCAAAUUCAGUCGCUUCCAGCACUUUGUUAGAAGCGUUCUCGCUUGCUGACAGUGAGUUCGGUCCACGAUGAGUUGUGGUCUUAAAGUUUUGCUGCUAUUUGCGGUGCUACUCUGCCUUAGUGCGGGUGGACAGGUGUUCGCUUGGCAGGCACUGGGAAAUUACCUUGAUGUCGCGAACCCCGGUAAAUGCACAAUCAGCGAAACUCUCAUCAUUUCACCCGGCGAGAAGGUGAAAUCACCAGAAGAUUGCGCCGAAAUACAUUGCGACACGGCGCAGGGUGAUGCCACGAUCACUGGUUGCGGCUCCAUUGGCGCUCCGGACGGCUGCGAGUGGGGCGAUUAUGUGAAUGUAGACGCGCCCUUCCAAGAGUGUUGUGCUCGCCAUUUGAUUUGCGAUGGCGGUUUGAAUAAUGAAACUCGCCUGUAUCAAGCGCAUAUUUGGCAGAUGUUUUCGCCGCAUUUGAGUGCAGCCGGUCUACAGGGUGCACUCGAUGCCAAGGAGCAGUGAAGAUAGGAAAUGGAAUGUUUUUUCUUAUAAAUUUUUUGUCGAAAUGUAUUAAUCAAUCACUAAUUGCUGAAUUUUUGUAUUUUUAAUGUUUGUGUUAAAUAUUUGUAAGGUACGGAUUGAGCUCUCUUUAAAUAUAUCAUAUGUGAAGUGUGUAAACAUUGA